CGGGAUUUACAUGAUUGUUGUCACCGAGUGACUUCCUCCCCUCGAUACCUAUCAUUCCACCUCUUUUUGCCAUUGCCGCUUUCAAUCACUAUGACGAAAACCCCGACGGAGACCAAUUCCAGUACUGGUACCAGCUAUUCCAAGCCGGCUGCAAACCUGUCGCUGGAGUCGUACGAUAGUACCACCUCCACUGUGCUACAUAAGAUGCCUGAACUACAAGAACGCACCGAUUUUUCCAGAUGGCGUCUAUUGGAUGAGGCAGGAAGGCAAACAUGGCAUUAUCUCGACGAUGAAGAGAUCAAAAAAUGGCCUCAAUCUACCGCAGAUAAAUAUUUCCUAGGCCUCCCAACAGUAUAUACUCCCUCGAAGUAAGCACUAUAUCACAUAUACUGACCUAAUUAUCCAGGACCUACCCGAGCUACCAAAAGCCCAAACCCCUCUCGAUGCAGUAAAAAAUGGCCUUGAAUUCUUCCAACAUCUACAGCUUCCACCCGGAAAUUGGGGUUGCGAGUAUGGCGGUCCUAUGUUUCUCCUUCCAGGCUUUGUUAUCACUUGGUUCGUCACGGAAACACCAAUUCCAGAUCACGUCGCAACGGAGAUGAAGAACUAUUUAUUCGCACGAGCACACCCAGAAGAUGGCGGAUGGGGUUUACAUAUCGAGGGAGAAAGCACCGUCUUUGGCACGGCCAUGAACUAUACGUCAUUACGUCUGCUGGGAGUUAGUGAGGAGGACGAGCGAAUGGUUAAGGCUCGAGGGACCCUGCACAAGAUGGGAGGCGCCAAAAACGGACCAUAUUGGGCAAAGUUCUGGCUCAGUGUACUGGGGGUAUGCCAGUGGGAUAUUGUAAACCCAUGUCCUCCUGAGUUCUGGUUGUUGCCUGACUCGGCGCCUUUUGCCCCAUGGAGAUGGUGGAUCCAUAUGCGAAUGGUCUUCCUACCAAUGUCGUUUAUAUGGUCGAGAAGAUGGACUGCCAAAUUAACACCAGUUGCACUCCAACUUCGGGAGGAGCUUUUCGUCGAGCCGUAUGAGACAAUCAGCUGGGCCGGCAAUCGUAACAGUAUUUACCACAAGGAUAAUUACCAUCCCAAGACAUGGUUGCUAAACUCGGCAAAUUGGGUCCUGGUAAAUGUUUGGCCAUAUUUCAGAAUACAGUCUUUAGUGCAGAAGGCGGAAGACUGGGUCUGGAAGUUGAUUCAGAUGGAAGACAAAAAUACCGAUUAUUCUUGCCUUGCGCCUGUCAACGCUCCGAUGAACUUACUUUGUUGUUAUAUUAAAGAAGGACCCAACGCAUAUUCUGUUCAGAGACAUCGGGAUCGACUAGCUGAUUUCUUAUGGGUGAAGGCUGAAGGAAUGCUUGUCAACGGCACCAACGGCGUACAAUGCUGGGAUACUGCUUUCUUGAUUCAGGCAGUUAUGGAUGCAGGUCUUGCUGAGGAUGAUAAAUGGCGACCUAUGCUGACCAAGGGAUUGGAAUUUCUUGAAGACCAACAAAUUCGAGAAAAUGUCGACGACCAAGCCAUGUGUUACAGACAACAACGAAAAGGCGCAUGGGCAUUCAGUACUAAAGACCAAGGAUAUGCCGUUAGUGACUGUAUCUCUGAAGCACUGAAAGCAGUACUUCUUCUACAGAGAACCCCUGGCUACCCACAACUUCUCGAGGAUCAACGAAUUUAUGAUGCCAUUGACACGCUCCUUACCUAUCAGAAUGCUUCGGGUGGAUGUGCUUCUUACGAGCCAACUCGUGGAUCCGAAAGACUGGAAAUGCUUAACGCCGCAGAAGUUUUCGGUCGAAUUAUGAUUGAAUACGACUACCCUGAAUGUACGACGGCAGUUGUGACGGCACUGUCAUUAUUUACAAAACAUUACCCAGAAUACCGAGCUACAGAGAUUAAACAGUUCAAGGCGAGAGCUGUACAGUACAUCCGUGAUGCCCAAUAUCCGGAUGGGAGCUGGUAUGGUAGUUGGGGAAUUUGCUUUACCUAUGCUGGAAUGUUUGCAUUGGAAAGUCUUGCAAGCAUUGGCGAAUUCUAUGAGAACAGCGAAUUUUCUCGUAAAGGAUGUGAUUUCUUGCUAUCCAAACAACGGGAAGAUGGUGGAUGGUCAGAAAGUUAUCGAGUAAGUCAAUUUGAAUAUCCUCGAAGCCUUUUAGAUACUAAAAUGCUCAGUCAUGUGAAACUAAAAUCUAUACGGAACAUCCAACUGGAUCCCAGGUGGUCAUGACCGCUUGGGCAAUUCUUGGAUUACUUGAAGCGCAUUAUCCGGAUCGAGCACCUAUCGAGAAGGGCUUGAAGCUUAUAAUGAGUCGACAGCAGCCUAAUGGAGAGUGGUUACAAGAGGCCAUUGAGGGAGUUUUCAACAAAAGUUGCAUGAUAUCAUACCCCAACUACAAGUUCGUUUUCCCUAUCAAGGCAUUGGGCAUGUUCGCUAAACGUUAUGGGGAUUCUGCUUUGCUAUGAACUUUGUGUGGGGUGUCGAGCUUGGUAGUUGAAGCUAAUGAAUGAGAGUGGGUCACAAUUAUGACGAUUGAUAGGAAUUAAUGUAAUGUAAUAAGAUUCACCACCAUUAUGACUUCAAAAACCGAGAAAAGGAACUUGUUUUUUACGAUA